AUGGAAGACGGGGAGUCAUUCGGGCCGGCCGGCGAGCUACAGAGGUACAAUGCCAGGCCGUUCGUCGCCGGCACCGCCGCCUCCGGGGUACUCGUUUCAGCCAUGAGAGUUAUCACCAAGUCCAUAUUCCUGCAAGAUGCUUACGGAUUGAGAAAGAGCGCAAACCUCUAUUUUGGAGUCAGUAUUGCAGUAAUGGUCAUAUGUCUCAUUUGCUAUAACAUUGCAGACAGGCUCCCUGUUGUAAAACAUUACAAACAAAUCAAAAUGCAAGCUCUGAAAGAGGAAAGCAAUGAGAAAGGUUCCUUAAGUGGAUCGGCCUGGAGAUUGACCUUAUGGAACAUAAUAGCAAGAACCAAAUCAUUUGGUUUUGGAGUAUUUCUUAUAUAUGUUGUUACCCUCUCAAUAUUUCCCGGUUAUAUCACUGAAGAUGUGCAUUCUGAAGCCUUGAAAGACUGGUACCCAAUUUUACUCAUCACUGGAUACAAUGUGUUUGAUCUCAUAGGGAAGAUUCUGCCUGCAGUCUUUCCCAUUGAGAACGCAAACAUUGCAGUCUCCGCCUCUGUUGCAAGACUACUGUUUUAUCCUCUAUUUUUCGGUUGCUUGCAUGGUCCCAAGUUUUUCAGAACAGAAAUACCGGUCACAAUAUUGACGUGUCUCCUUGGAUUGACAAAUGGAUAUUUUACAGCUGUAUUGAUGAUUCUUGCUCCCAAAAGUGUGCCGAUACAGCAUUCUGAGACUGCUGGGAUUGUGAUAGUGCUGUUCCUGGUUCUUGGUUUGGCUGCUGGUUCAGUUUUCUCUUGGUUUUGGGCCAUUUGAUUGAACAAGUAGAACUUGUUCAGAAAACUGUGAAGUUGCAUAAUGUUCAUAUAAAUGUGUUUUUAUGUUUUUUUUUUCCUGGUAUAGGAAUUUGAAUCUUGGAUUUGAAAAUUAUGUCUCCAUAUAUUGAAUUAUGUAUGGUAGUUUCUGUGAUAAAUUGUACUAUUAGGACU